UCAAGUCACCGCAAAGAGCCUACCUUGCAGUACUUCAUUAUGGAAAGUCCACACGAGCACCAGCAAGCCUUGCUGCUGUCCCGCAUCAUUGGCAACAUCGAGAAACUAAAUGAAUCAAUCAUGGUGAUGAAUCGGAACCUUCAGGAGAUCAACAUUCAAAACAUGAACGUUGAGCUUGUGGCGCAAAUGUUCAAGAACUACCAGUCGAACGUCCUUUUCCACUUGGAAGCGACGGAGAACUUGAAGGAGCCAUCUUGAUCUUCUGCCCGUGUAUUACUGCCGUACUUACGACGAGAUGAUGUCCAUUUCAAGCAACCAUUAUUUUAGUACUUUCCAUUUAUCAGGUGAAUGAAUCUUGUGUUCCUGA